CCCGUGACUGUGGGCUGGGUCAUGCAGUCACCUCCCUGGUUCAAAAAAAUCUGCGCCGCCGAUGAGUUAGUUGGUCUUUGGUUCCUGUAGUACUAGUAGUGUGCAGGGAUUGCUGUUCGUGGAGUUUCCCCAAGUGCAGCUGCCACCGCCUUCGUUGUGACUGUGGCCGGACGCCCUGUCUUCAGGUCUGAUAACCUGAAAAAUCAUGGCACAAAAGGAUGCAGACCAGUACCUCUAUGUGGAUCGCAAUCUCAACAACCCUUUAGCUCAGGCGGACUGGGCAGCAAAAAAACAAGUAUGGGUGCCCUCAGAAAAGCAUGGAUUUGAGGCAGCUAGCCUGAAGGAAGAAGCUGGUGAUGAGGCGAUUGUUGAAUUGGCAGAGAAUGGCAAAAGAGUAAAGGUUAAUAAAGAUGAUAUACAAAAGAUGAACCCUCCUAAAUUCUCCAAAGUUGAAGACAUGGCUGAGCUUACAUGUUUAAAUGAAGCAUCUGUCCUGCACAAUCUGAAAGAACGAUACUACUCUGGUUUAAUUUAUACUUAUUCUGGUUUGUUUUGUGUGGUAAUAAACCCAUACAAGAACCUCCCAAUUUAUUCUGAAGAAAUAGUGGACAUGUACAAAGGAAAGAAGAGACAUGAAAUGCCACCACACAUUUAUGCUAUCACAGACACCGCUUAUCGGAGCAUGAUGCAAGAUAGAGAAGACCAGUCCAUUCUUUGCACGGGAGAGUCAGGUGCUGGUAAAACAGAAAACACAAAGAAAGUAAUCCAGUAUCUAGCUUAUGUUGCAUCCUCUCACAAAUCUAAAAAAGAUCAGGGUGAACUGGAGCGACAGUUGUUGCAAGCUAAUCCAAUAUUGGAAGCCUUUGGAAAUGCCAAGACUGUGAAAAAUGAUAAUUCAUCCAGAUUUGGCAAAUUUAUCCGGAUUAACUUUGAUGUGAAUGGCUACAUUGUUGGAGCAAACAUUGAAACAUACCUACUGGAGAAAUCACGUGCGAUUCGUCAGGCCAAAGAUGAAAGAACUUUUCAUGUAUUUUACUACCUGUUAUCAGGUGCAGGGGAACACCUGAAAACUGACCUUUUGUUGGAAGCCUACAACACGUAUCGUUUCCUCAAUGGUCAUGUCACUAUACCAGGUCAGCAGGACAAAGAUUUGUUUCAAGAAAAUGAAGCAAUGAGGAUUAUGAGUAUUCCUGAUGAUGAACAAAUUGGAUUGUUGCGAGUUGUGUCUGGUGUCCUACAGUUGGGCAACAUUAUGUUUAAGAAGGAGCGCAACACCGAUCAGGCUUCCAUGCCAGAUAACACUGCUGCCCAGAAAGUAUGCCAUCUCCUGGGAAUUAAUGUGAAUGACUUUACCAGAGCAAUCCUCUUGCCCCGUAUUAAGGUUGGCCGUGACUAUGUACAGAAAGCCCAGACCAAAGAGCAGGCAGACUUUGCUAUUGAGGCACUUGCUAAAGCCUCCUAUGAGCGAAUGUUCCGCUGGCUUGUAAUGCGUAUUAACAAAGCCCUAGACAAAACAAAGAGGCAGGGUGCUUCAUUCAUUGGAAUUCUGGAUAUUGCUGGCUUUGAGAUUUUUGAGCUGAACUCCUUUGAACAACUGUGUAUCAAUUACACCAAUGAGAAACUGCAACAACUGUUCAAUCACACAAUGUUUAUACUGGAGCAAGAAGAGUACCAGAGGGAAGGUAUUGAGUGGAACUUCAUUGAUUUUGGCUUGGACCUUCAGCCUUGUAUUGAUUUGAUAGAGCGACCUGCUGGCCCACCAGGUAUUCUAGCGCUUCUGGAUGAGGAAUGUUGGUUUCCAAAAGCUACUGAUAAGAGUUUUGUGGAGAAAGUAGUGCAGGAGCAAGGCUCCCACUCAAAAUUCCAAAAACCCAAACAGCUCAAGGAUAAAGCAGACUUUUGUGUCAUGCACUAUGCUGGAAAGGUUGAUUACAAAGCUGAUGAGUGGCUGAUGAAGAAUAUGGACCCACUUAAUGAUAAUGUUGCCACACUACUUAAUCAGUCAUCUGAUAAAUUUGUGUCAGAUCUUUGGAAAGAUGUGGAUCGCAUUGUUGGGUUGGAUCAGGUUGCUGGUAUGAGUGAUGCUGCUCUGCCUGGUGUAUUCAAGACCAGAAAAGGAAUGUUUCGUACUGUAGGUCAGCUAUAUAAGGAACAACUCUCUAAACUGAUGGCCACGCUAAGGAACACAAACCCAAACUUUGUGCGCUGCAUCAUCCCCAAUCAUGAGAAAAAGGCUGGAAAACUGGAUGCCCACCUGGUGCUAGAUCAGUUACGCUGCAAUGGUGUUUUGGAAGGAAUUCGUAUCUGCAGACAGGGCUUCCCCAAUCGAAUAGUUUUCCAAGAAUUCAGACAAAGAUAUGAAAUUCUUACCCCAAAUUCUAUCCCUAAAGGCUUCAUGGAUGGAAAGCAAGCAUGUGUUUUAAUGAUCAAAGCCCUGGAACUGGAUUCAAACCUUUACCGUAUUGGACAAAGCAAAGUGUUUUUCAGAGCAGGUGUCCUUGCUCAUUUGGAAGAAGAACGGGACUUAAAGAUCACAGAUGUGAUUAUUGGUUUCCAGGCCUGGUGCAGGGGCUACAUUGCCAGAAAGGCCUUUGGCAAACGACAGCAACAACUUACUGCAAUGAAAGUGAUACAAAGAAAUUGUGCAGCGUACCUGAAGCUCCGAAACUGGCAGUGGUGGAGACUUUUUACAAAGGUUAAGCCACUGCUACAAGCAAACAGAUUUGAUGAAGAACUGCUUGCAAAGGAAGUAGAACUUCAAAAAGUGAAAGAUCUUCAAACUUUCUCUGAACAUAAACUUUCUGAAAUGGAACAUAUACAGAUUCAGCUUCAGCAAGAAAAAAUGCAACUGCAGGAACAAUUGCAAGCAGAGACUGAACUUUGUGCGGAGGCAGAGGAAAUGAGAGCUCGUUUAGCAGCUAAAAAGCAGGAAUUGGAAGAAAUUUUACAUGACUUGGAAUCUCGGGUAGAAGAGGAAGAGGAGCGAUGCCAGCUUUUGCAAACGGAGAAGAAAAAAAUGCAACAGAACAUUGGGGAAUUAGAGGAACAACUAGAGGAGGAAGAAGCAGCCAGGCAGAAGCUUCAACUGGAAAAAGUCACAGUUGAAGCAAAAAUUAAGAAGAUGGAAGAAGAUGUAAUUGUUUUGGAGGAUCAUGCCAGCAAACUGAGUAAGGAAAAGAAACUACUUGAAGAUCGAAUUGCAGAAUUUACCAGCAACCUGGCAGAGGAAGAAGAAAAGUCAAAGAGUCUAGCUAAACUCAAAAACAAGCAUGAAACAAUGAUCUCUGACUUGGAAGAGCGGCUGCGUAGAGAGGAAAAGCAACGCCAGGAACUAGAAAAGACACGUCGCAAGUUAGAGGGAGACUCUACAGACUUGCAUGAUCAGAUCGCAGAGCUGCAAGCACAGAUUGCUGAACUGAAGAUACAACUUGCUAAAAAGGAGGAAGAAUUGCAUGCUGCUUUUGCCAGGGUAGAGGAGGAGGCUUCACAGAAGAACAUGGCUCUAAAGAAAAUUCGGGAGCUGGAAUCCCAGAUAAGCGAGCUACAGGAAGAUCUGGAGUCGGAGAGAGCUGCCCGGAACAAGGCAGACAAGCAAAAGCGGGAUCUAGGAGAGGAACUUGAGGCACUAAAGACAGAGCUUGAGGAUACAUUGGACUCAACUGCAACACAGCAGGAACUCAGAACAAAACGGGAGCAAGAGGUAACAAUGCUGAAGAAAAAUUUGGAAGAGGAAGCCAGAGUACAUGAAACCCAAAUACAGGAGCUGAGACAGAAACAUGCACAAACUGUCGAGGACCUCUCUGAGCAGCUGGAGCAGACAAAACGGGUGAAAGGAAAUUUGGAAAAGGCCAAACAGGCUCUGGAGAGUGAACGUAAUGAGCUAGCCAACGAGGUAAAAGUUCUUCUGCAGGGUAAGGGAGACUCUGAGCACAAGAGGAAGAAGGCAGAGGUGCAGUUUCAGGAACUGCAAGUAAAACUUACGGAGGGCGACAGAUUACGAUCAGAGCUAUCUGAAAAGGCAAACAGAUUACAGGUGGAGCUGGACAAUGUUACAAGUCUUCAUUCCCAAUCAGACAGCAAAUCUAUCAAACUUGCCAAAGAUUUCUCUACAUUGGAAUCUCAACUUCAAGAUACUCAGGAACUUUUGCAAGAAGAGACACGUCAGAAACUGAGCUUUAGUACAAAACUCAAGCAAAUGGAAGAUGAGAAAAAUGGUUUCCUAGAGCAACUAGAAGAAGAGGAAGAAGCAAAAAGAAACUUGGUGAAACAAAUUGCAACACUGCAGUCUCAGACAGCAGAUAUGAAAAAGCGGAUGGAGGAGAGUACUGGUUCACUGGAAUCUAUUGAAGAGCUUAAGAAAAAGUUGCAGAAAGACCUGGAAGCUUCACAUCAACAAUAUGAGGAGAAGGCAGCUGCAUAUGACAAGCUUGAGAAGACAAAAACAAGACUUCAGCAGGAGCUUGAUGAUCUUGGUGUGGAUCUUGAUCACCAGCGUCAGAUUGUGUCCAACCUGGAGAAGAAGCAAAAGAAAUUUGAUCAGUUGCUUGGUGAAGAGAAAACUAUUUCUGCUAAAUAUGCAGAAGAGCGGGAUCGCGCAGAAGCAGAGGCUCGUGAGAAAGAAACUAAAGCUCUGUCCUUGGCCCGUUUCUUGGAGGAGGCUGUGGAGGCUAAGGCUGAAUUGGAAAGACUAAACAAGCAACUGCGUGUUGAAAUGGAGGACUUGGUCAGCUCUAAGGAUGAUGUUGGAAAGAGUGUACAUGAACUAGAGAAGUCUAAGAGAGCCUUAGAACAACAAGUGGAAGAGAUGAAAACUCAGUUGGAGGAACUUGAGGAUGAGUUACAAGCCACAGAAGAUGCUAAGCUACGAUUGGAAGUCAACCUACAAGCAAUUAAGGCACAGUUUGAGCGGGAUCUCCAAGGACGUGAUGAGCAGAGUGAAGACAAGAAGAAGCAACUUGUCAGACAGGUUAAAGAAAUGGAAACAGAGCUUGAAGAUGAAAAAAAACAACGUUCACUAGCUGUAGCUGCCCGAAAGAAGCUUGAGACGGAUCUGAAAGACCUGGAAGGACAAAUUGAUUCUGCAAACAAAAAUAGAGAAGAGGCUAUUAAACAGUUGCGCAAACUGCAGGCGCAGAUGAAGGAUUACCAGAGAGAGCUGGAGGAUACCAGGGGAUCCAGGGAUGAAAUUUUGAGCCAAUCCAAAGAAAAUGAGAAGAAAGUCAAGAGUAUGGAAGCAGAGAUGAUCCAUAUGCAAGAGGAACUUGCUGCUGCAGAGCGUGCCAAAAGACAAGCUCAACAGGAGAGAGAUGAAUUGACAGAUGAAAUUGCAAAUAGUAGUGGUAAAGGGGCCUUGGCUUUGGAUGAAAAGAGACGUUUGGAUGCCCGCAUUGCACAAUUGGAGGAAGAAUUGGAGGAGGAACAGAGCAACACUGAGCUUGCCAAUGACAGACUGAGAAAGGCAACUCUUCAGGUCGACCAACUGAAUGCUGACCUAAAUGCAGAGCGCAGCAAUUCUCAGAAAAAUGAAAAUGCCCGCCAGCAAUUGGAUCGCCAGAACAAGGAGUUGAAAACAAAGCUACAGGAGUUGGAGGGCUCUGUUAAAUCCAAGUUUAAGGCUUCAAUCACUUCCUUGGAAGUAAAGAUAGCACAACUAGAGGAACAACUUGAUACAGAGACUAAAGAGAGACAGAAUGCCAGCAAACAGGUCCGUCGCACUGAGAAAAAAUUAAAGGAUAUGUUAAUGCAGAUAGAAGAUGAAAGACGCAAUGCUGAACAGUACAAAGACCAGGCUGAGAAAAACAAUAUUCGAAUGAAACAGUUAAAACGGCAGGUAGAAGAAGCAGAGGAAGAAGCACAGCGGGCCAAUGCCAUGCGGCGUAAAUUGCAACGUGAGCUUGAAGAUGCCACAGAGACAGCAGAUCUAAUGAAUCGUGAGGUUAACACCCUUAAGAGCAAGCUUCGGCGUGGUGAUGUACCUUUAAUUACACGGCGCGUUGGAAGGAAAGGUGUUGAGGAUGCCUCUGAUGAUGAUUUGGAUGGAAAAACUGACUCUGGAAUCUCUAAAUCUGCCGAUUAGGAAGUCUAUGAAACUUUUUAUGUAUUUUUUUUUUUCUUAUUUGCCUCAUCCUUUGCUCAAGACAAUUGCUAAACUAAACACAACUAUACCAUUCCUAGGAGGGGAAGUUUAUUUUUCUGUGCUCUUUUGAAAAAACAUGAAACUGCGCAAUCAUUUUAUAUGUAACUUGAGUCAUAGCUUCUGGUUGCUGUGGCUUCAAAAUGUUAGUCAAUGUUUGUGCACUUUCAAUAAUGACAGCCAGAAUGGAUUUGUUGAUUUGUAAACACUGUAACCGUUUUAAGUAUGACUUAUUGCCAAAACUACUAUCUUUUUGAAAGGAUGAGUCUGCUCAGAGGAAAUAAUUUAAGCUUUCCCCUUGAUUUGUUCUUUUGACUUUCAAUCUUUGACUCUUGCUGCCUUUUUUUUUUUUUUACUAUUAGCAUUAAUUAAAGGGGGAAAAAAUAGUAGUCCUUAAAAACCUCAACCUUAAAGGGCAUAAACCACUUGCUGUCAUUGGAAAAUCAUUUUAAGGACCAAAUGUUUAAUCAGAAGUAUGGAUCACUUUUUUUUUUUACAUUACAAGUAUGUCUUUCAUGUACUUCAUGUAUCUUAGGGAUAAAUAACCUAUUGGAUAUAUAUAACUGGAGAAAUAGCUGUACUGCACCCUUUAUAUGAACUGAUAAUUCUGCACUCACCUUAUUGUAUUGGUCACCGUUUUCAAAUGCAUUUUUAUGUGUCACUGCCUGCCUAGAAGGAUCUUUCCAGAUGAAUAUUCAAACUCGUAAGAAUCAAAAGUAGUCUCUAAUCAAACCAAAUAACGCCUAUGAAGAGUUUGAUAGUAUCAUUCUGCCGGUUUAUCCUGUGUAUUCAAAGUGCCUUUAUACUGCAACCUGGUUGCGUCCACAGAGUCAAGUGCUCUUAAACCAUGGCCACCUUGUUGCUUUACAUAAUAAAUUAUGGAUUUUGCUGCAAA